AUGCUUCAGCAGAUUGCAACACAAUGUGACCAUUGCAGUGGUGGAGGUUUGUUGUUUACAAUAAUCCAAGCGGUCCGCAUCCUACUUCAAAAUUUAUUUUUAGGCGAGACCAUUGAUGAUGCCAAUCGUUGCAAGACUUGCCAAGGAAGGAAGACUGUCCAAGAGAUGAAAAUUAUUGAGGUCAAAGUCGAGCCUGGAAUGCGCGAGAAUCAGAAAAUUGUUUUCUACGGCGAGGGUGAUCAAGAACCUGGAAUUGAGCCUGGAGAUGUUGUGACUAUUUCUUUGAAACAAGCGCUCUGUGGAUUUGCAUACACAAUUAAACAUCUAAAUGGCAAAGAUAUUUUGGUCAAUACUCUCAGCGAGGAAGUUAUUAAGCCAGAGUCUGUCCGCGUAGCUUACAAUAAAGGAAUGCCAAAGCAGGGUAAACCCGGACAAUUUGGUAAUCUCUACUUUGUUUUUAAUGUCACUUUUCCGCCUACACAUUUUCUUGAGAAUGAACAGCGUUAUAAGGAGCUCGAAGCGUUGCUACCACCUCGACCUCGUAUUCCAAAAUUGUCUGCAACUGCUGAAGUUGAAGAAGUAACGCUUUCUGAGUUCGACUCUCGUCGUUAUGAACGUCACGGUGGCGGCGGGGGAUCUCGUGAGGCAUACCAUGACGAUGAAAGUGAUGAUGAUAUGCCUUCUGGAGCGCAACAUGUUCAGUGCGCACAACAAUGA